AUGUUUUUAUAUUAGGUUUUUGUAUGACAAAUUGAUGCGCCCCAAUGGUUUGGACGUGUCAUUCGGAUUCUUAGCACCCGCGACCGUCAACUUAGUUUUAAUCUUAAAUAGACCGGAUACCGUGACGGAGUACGUUCUUCGGAUCCUCAUGGACAAUAAAGAUGCGGAGAAGUUGUUUUUUAUACCGUUUAAUACCGGUGGACAUUGGUUGUUGCUCGCAAUCAAUCCUAUCCGAGAAAUUGUGUAUUAUCUUGACUCGUUAGGAAAUGAUUGGACAACAUACCCGGAUAUGAAGGUCCUAAUUGACACCGUCCUACAAGCUUUUCGGGCCCAACGAGUUAUCCAAACCUCAAGGAGGGUAGUGUCUGCAACAUUUUGGCUAGUGGGAAUUGAUAAACAAGUUGAAGAAGUGCGAUUGUUACUUGAUGGAGUUUGUGAAUUCAAAGAAGCCUUAUGGACUGAGUUGGUAGGCACAGUGGAGAAGAGAGGUAUGGUUAGAGAUGUUGGAAUGAUGGUUGAGAUUAGGUUACUGAGGGAUGGAUAA